AUGGGUAUACAUAAUUCAAAAGAAAAUCAACAAUUAAAAUCUUCAACAAAUAAUAAUAAUAAUUCAUGGCAAUCAUCCAUCACUCCAAUAAAGAAAUUUUCUAUUGUUAAUGAACAAACAGAUUAUUACGGUUGGCAAGAAAUUUAUCGAUGUUCACAUAUUGAUUGGCUUCAUGGAAUAUCUGAAUUAUUUGGUUUUGUUCAACAUACAUUUACAUGUAAUUCUGAACUUCAUAGUAUAUGUGCUCCGGGAUUUUGUUCUGAAUCCUUAUCUCGUAAACUUUAUCAUGGUUUUGUACGAUGUUCAAAAACAAAAAAUUCACGUUCAAUUCUUCCAUCAUUAUCAUCAUCAACAAAAAGUAAAAAAUUACGUGAACAUUUUGAAUAUAAUCAUAUACCAGCAAUGAUUAGUUCAUUACAAAAUUAUUCUGUUCAUGGUAUAAUUAAUGGUUGUUCAACAUUUGGUUUUAAUCAUGGUGAUACAAUAAUGUUAUCGAUUUAUUCCGUUAUUCUAGAUAAAACACAAUUUAUUAUUGUGGAUUUAAAAUUAAAUCGAUAUGUUUGUGCACUUGAAAAUGAUUAUAAUGGAUUAAUUAAUGCAAGUAAAGUUCAUUCAGCUUGGUCAAUGGAUAGAACACAAGUUAUUAUACGUAUACCAAUGAAUAAUGGAUCAGCUGCUUUAGAUUUUUAUAAAAUUGUAAAAAAAGAAGCAAAAGUCUAUCGUCGAAUUCUACCCAUUGAUAUUCAUGCACAAUUUCAAUUUACUCCAAAUUACUGGUCAUCUCAUUUAAUAAUGUAUACACACACAACAGCAACCCAUGAUCAAAGUACAUUGAUUAAUUAUAAUAUAACAGCAUUAACACCGGGUGGUUCAAAUAAGAUUCAAAUUCAAACUAUUCCAUUAAAUCAACAAUAUAUUGGUUCAUAUUUAACAUUGAAAAAUGUUCAUACAUGGUCAACAUAUAAAUAUGAAAAUAUUGUAUUUGAUGAAGGUUUUCGACUUCUUUCAAUUAUUUAUACACCUGAUAGUGUUUAUAUAAUAUUAAUAUUUACUGAUAUAAAUUGUCAUUGUGGACAAACAUCUCCGAUAAGUUAUUUUGAUAUAUAUAAUGCAAAUACAUUACAACAUUUACAUCGAAUUCAUACUCAAUUAAUAUCUCAUAUAUGUCCAUUACAUAUGUGUCGAAACUUUUUAACACCCAUAUUUUCUGUAUCGUCAUCUCGUAUGGCAUUUUGUACAACAAAAAAUAAUGAUGGAAAAGAAUUACAAAUAUCGAUUAUUGUUUUACCCAAUGAACUUAAUUUAAAAUCUAUAUGUCGUCGUUUAAUUAUAUGUUAUUUAAAUAGAUUCAAUGGAAAAAUUGAAGAUAUUACGCAACAACUUCCAUAUCGUCUUGGUCAAUAUAUUCAAUAUCGACCAGAAUAUCAAUAA